GCAGUAACGGAGACAAAUGUCAGGAACGUGGAAGGACAUUGCAAGAAGCAACCAUGUAUAGGUUUUUUUUCAGGACUGUUUACAGGGCUCGAAAUUCUGCAGUCAGUGUCUAUGAGUUGAGUUUGUUGCCAGCUAAAUGCGACAAGGCUGCAGUUUUCAGGGUUGCAAAUGGAGGUGGAGUCAAAGCCAUCAGCACAAGUUCAGUCAGGCUCUGUGAAAAGAAACCUGAUGUCCUCUCUAAUCACGAUGAAAAAACACAUGCAGAUGAAAAGGCUGACCCAACGGAAAGUCCAACUUUGGCAACACAGAAAGCUGAAGAUGACGGAACAGUCAUGAAGAUGGCUGAACAAAGGGAAGAACCAGUGGUGUUAAAGACAGAUGAUGGAAGAACUAUGCAGCAGCAGAUGGAUGUUAAAAUUGACCAGAGUGUCAAGUCACAACAAGUAAAGACUGAUGCAGCUAAGAGUGGGAAGGAGGGUCUCCUUGACCUUCUUGGAGCCAUGAAGGUGGAAGUUACUAAUAAGAGGAAGCUCAAAAUAAUGAAAGUGAAGCAAAAUCAUGAGUCUGCCCCCAAAUCAAAUCCAGCCUCUAUGGAGAGCACCAUCAGUAUGUUUCAGAAGGCUACAGGGGAGGCUUCAUCGCAGAGUGUGAUCCUGGAUCCUGAGCUGGUUGCAGCUGCAUCUGCUGCUGCCUCCACUCUGCCCAACUGUAGCCAGGCCGAGUCUGAUCUGCUGAAGCAGCUGAGGCAGCACGAGGCCAUCACUGAGGUUCAGAAGAAAGGGGACAUGAACAACCUUGGAGAAAUUAUUGCUGACAUGAAAGUAGGAAAGAAUCCCAACCGACAGAAUGCUCGGUGGAUUAAUCACAUCCAGUUUGAUGACGACGGGCGAGGAUACAAGCGGGACGGAGGAAUCACUUCCGAACUGGACAGUGUUCGAAGAGGGAACUUGUUGAGAGUGAAAAGACUCAACAUCUUCUCCCCCACUACUGAUGCAGAUGGAGUUGAAUCAGCAGUUGAGCGGCCAACUCUAUGGGACAUGGACUUUGCUAAUCAGUUGUCUCUGUUGGUCAACAAUAUGCCCCGCAAUGCGCUUGAGGAAAUGAUCCAGUGGACCAAAGAGGGGAAAAUGUGGCAGUACCCAAUCAACAAUGAAGCUGGCCUGGAGGUGGAGGAGGCCAGUGUUCCGUUCCAUGAGCAUAUCUUCCUAGAGAAACACUUGAAUGAGGGCUUCCCCAGUCAAGGACCAGUGCGUCACUUCAUGGAGCUUGUGGUGGGUGGUCUGUCCAGAAAUCCCUACUUGACUGUCCAGCAGAAGAGGGAACACAUUUCCUGGUUCAGAGACUACUUCCACCAAAAAGAGGACGUCCUCAAGGAGGCUGAUGUUUACCUGAAGUGAACUUACACUUAAAUAUAUUUUCAAUAUUCGCUUGACUGUGAACACAUAAAAGCAAGAGCCAUUUUCUCAGUGGGACUUUGCAACCAUGACUGUCCUUAUUCAUACAGUUUAACAGGAGCCAGUAGAAACCUGGCUCGAUUUCUGGGCUUUCCAGGAGGCCUGCGAGAGUGGACUGGCAUAAAGUCUGUGUCACAGUGUCAAACAUUAUACUGUAUCUACUGUCUCUAAAACAUUGAUCAGACCAUAAAACCACUGUUUAAUCACUUCAAUAUUGUCUUGUCACAUGAUGAAGAAAACAGUGCAGGAGGAAAGUAAAAUGUUGCUUGUAUUAAUUAUACAAACAAUAUAAAGCAGCAAAGAAACAG